AUGUCUUUUUGUUUCUUAGGUACUCAUCGUUCAGGCCAACAUCAACAUGAUAAUCGAGCUUUUGAGUAUGAUCGUUCAAAUGCUAAUACUCCACCAGCAAAUGAAAUUCUUUCAUCUCAUUCAUCUCAUCGUACAUUACAUUCACCAGAAGUUGAAGCUGGACGUACGAAAUUACAUCGUUUAUUAGAUGAAGUUCUUGAUAAAGCUGAUAGUGAAGAAAUUUAUAAUCCUGAUAGUGAUGCUGAACGACAAAAACGUCGUCGUCAACGUCGUCGUCUUCCAUCAACAUCUGACGAACCAAAAAUUCUUCCCAUAAACAAUAAUAAUCAACAACAAAUUCCUCAUAUACCUGUUAUUCCUCAAGUAUCUGAACGUCCUGAUCCUUCCCUACUUCGUCUACGUUAUAAUCCGUAUGAAGCAGGUGAUCGUGCACAUGAUAUAUCACGUUUAAAACCAGUUGAAUUAAUACCAAAAUAUGAUAUAAAAGAUCCAAAUUCUCAUCAAUAUACUUCUCGUUCAAAUCCUCCACUAUUUUAUGAUGAUUCAAAUAUAGCUGAUCGUUCAGCUACAGCAACAGAUACAUUUGCUAAUCAAAAACGAAUAGCUAAAACUCGUCUUGAAACUGAUCAUGAAGCAAUAAUGCGUCAUAAUGGUGGUCAUAUUGAUCAACGACAACAUAAAUUUCAUAAUGAUGGUGUUUCAAUUGAUUCGAUAUCAAAAAAUCGAGGACAAACACGUAUAGCUUGGGAUGAACCCGAUAUAAAUAAUGAUUUAUCAAAAAGAACUGACUAUCGAGAUGAAUAUAUCAUGGCUAAACGAAGUGUUUUAAAUACAAAAAAUAUUAUUUCAUCAAUACAUGAUGAAUUACAACAUAUUGUUUUACCAACAUCAGGAGAUUAUCAUGCAUAA